AUGAAUGAACAAAAUUCUAAUAAUAUUUUAUGUUCAUUUAAUGAUACCUCAGUUAAGAAGAAAAAAACUUUUUUGGCAUUUCUUGUUUUGAUAUUUGGUUGGGUUAUAAAUAAUAUUGUUUUAGCAUGGAUUCAUGAUCGUGUACCUCUCGAUCAACCACCUCUUCCAGAUAUAUUUUUUAAUUUAUUUCCUGAAAUACCUGAAGCUAUUGAAAUAACAGAAAUAAUUAUGUUAUUCAUUUUAUUUAAUGCUUUAUUUAUAAUGGUGUUUCAUGAACAUCGAUGGAUUGUAGUUAGACGUUUUUUUUGUUGUGCUGGUAUAUCAUAUAUUUUUCGAGCUAUAUGUAUAGCAAUGUUACAAGUUCCAGUUCCUUCAAAAAAUACUUUUUGUGGUCCACAAAUGAAAAGUUCAUUGUCAAAUAUUAUUGAUCGUGUUAUAUCGACGUUUUGGUCUGCAGGAAUUGAAACAUUUCGUCCACGAAUUCUUUGUGGUGAUCUUAUAGUUUCUGGUCAUACAAUAUGUCUUAUAACAGGCUUACAAGUUUUAAAACUUUAUUCACCAAGAAAAAUUCAUUUUAUUUUUUCAUUUUAUAAUUUAAUUGCUUUACUAGCUAUAUUGUCUAUUUUAAUUGCUAGGAAGCAUUAUACAAUAGAUGUUUUUUUAGGAUAUAUGGUAGCUACAAAUGUUUUUAGAACAUAUCAUUCAUUAUCUUAUAGUUAUCAUCGAAAUGAAUUAUAUGAAAAUCUUCAUUCAGAAAGUAUUAUAAAAUCAUUAGUUAUUUAUUUUGAAAAAGAUACUUAUUCACAUUUUUUUGAUAAUUAUUUGAGUAUAUCAUCAUAUCUUAAGAAAAUACCAACUUGUAAUUUAGAUAAAAAAAAUAUACCAAUUUAG